GAAAGGGCAUUAUAAUAGAUAAUAAUGGUUAAUAAAUUUCAUUGAAUAAUUAUCCUUGCAUUAAAGUGCUGGUGCUGGCAACACAAUAAGAAAUAAGACUAUAUAUGGCAACGUCGUCUACAGUUUUUUUGCUUGCCUAGGUUGCCCACUUUAUUAUGAUAACAGGUUAAUGUCAAAAUUGUCAAAUUUACAAAGGAAAGCUAGGUUAUGUGCAAAACGAGGCAUUUUGUAUUUUUGUAUCACUGUAACUGACGAGAUUAUUUUGAUAUAAAAGUUUGGUUAAAAAUGUCUGUGUGGAAGAAAGCCGCCAAAGCACACCAAAAAAGCCAUAAGGAACGUCAUCAACCAGACGACCGUAAGCAUCUGGGAUUAUUAGAAAAAAAGAAAGACUAUGUUCGACGAGCUCAAGACUUCAACGAAAAAAAGGAAACCCUUAAACUCCUUCGCAAACGAGCUCUUAACAAAAAUCCAGAUGAGUUUUACCAUCACAUGAUUAAUUCAAAAACGGAUAAUGGCAUGCACUUUGAAAAAGAAGCAGAGGAAGAAGAUACUCCAGAACAGGUCCGGUUAAUGCGAAGUCAGGAUUUGCGGUAUAUUACGAUAAAGAAGACACAAGAGCAAAGGAAAAUUGAGAAGCUGCAGGCACAGCUACAUUUAACAAGUGUAGAUCAUAACGUGAAAAACAAACACAUUUAUUUCACAAAAAAUAAUAAAUCUUCGUUGAAAGAAGAGAAAUUCAAACAACUGGCCCAGAGUGAAUUACCUGACGUUGAUCUGGAUGACUUAGCGGAGGCGGCGAAAAAGAAGAAACACUUGUAUAAUGAAUUGGGGAAGAGGAUUCGUAGGGAAAAGGAAUUAUCAGUUGUCCAACAGAAAAUUGAGAUGAAAAGACAUGUGGAAAAUAAAAGGAAUGUUUUACCACCAAAGCGGUUGAAGAAGGGAAACCACAAUAGAGCGCCAAUCUAUGUCUGGAAAUAUGAACGAAAAAGGUGAUUUAUUGAAAUUUUUAAAUAAAUUAUUCGUAAGAGUC